AUGCGGAAAAAUGUACCUCCGAUUGAUAUACCACAGGAGAAUCAACAAAGGCAAAGGACAGUUGGGAAGGUCUUUGAGAUGACAGAGGAGGAUGCAGCGGCAUCUAAUGCGGUUGUGGCAAGUGACGUUUCUAUGGCCUCACGAUAUGCUUACGCCUUAUUUGAUCCUGGUGCAACACAUUCUUUUGUUUCCAUGGAGUUCGCUAAGAAACUUGAUGUGCCACCUAAGUCGCUUGAUUGUGAUUUGUGUGUGGAUACUCCCACUAGGGAUUUCUUAAUUGUUGAUCAUGUAUUUAAGAGAUGUAUGCUCUGGAUUGAUGAUGUCAAGAUGCAUGUGGAUCUUGCUGAAUUCUUUUUCUUGGGAAGUUGUAAGGUUAUCUUUCCAAGGUUGAUUUCAGUUUUGCAAGCAAGAAAGCUUUUGAAGAAGGGUUGUCAUGGUUAUUUGGCUUAUGUGAGAGACACAAAUAAGGAGGUGGUAAAGCUGGAAAAUGUUCCCGUUGUUCGAGAUUUUCCAGAUGUAUUUCCUAAAGACUUGCCUAGCUUGCCUCCCCGAUAG